AUGGAAUACUCAGACUCAAACAGAAGCGGCUAAGCAGGAAUCCAACCCUGCAAAUACUUUGAUAUAGAAUUAAGUAAGAACGCUAAUUUGACUGUCUAGCAAGUAGAAUCUGAGUGCUAAAUUAAUGUUGAUAAUAUCUUACAAAUUAAUCAGAAUUGUAUAAAUUUCAUUUGAAUUUCAAGUUAAUGAACCAGAACUCAUUGAUUUCAAUAAAGUUAUUAAAUUCAAUUCUGAGGAAACCCACAAAGAGGAUCAAUAAUUACAAUUGCAAUAUGAAAGGAAUUAUGAAUCACACAACACUGAUUUAAUUGUAGUUCCAACACCUUCAUAGAAAAAUAAACUCAAAGCAGUUGGAAAUAUGUUUUUGGGAAUAUGGAGAUUGCAAUAGAAUGUUGUUGAACCAAUAAAAUCUACAGUAAAAUAGAACUAAAUAAAAUUAGGAAUAAUUUUAUGAUAAUUUUGGAUCAACUUAGCGUCAUUUUAAUAGCAAUUAUAAAUAGAUUCAUCCAGCUAAAGAUUCUCAGGAUCUUAGAUUAAUGGAUAUUUUCAAUUAAUUCAAAUUAGUAUGUCUCUUCACUUAGCAUUCUAUGUCUGGUUCAAGUGAGGACAUUCAAAAUAUGAUUAAGAUUCUUCAACGAGAUCCAAAACGGUAAUAAUCUUCAUAGAAUUCUAGCAAUCUGACCAAUCCACAAGAUCCAACUCACAUCAUAAACUAAUUGAAUUAGUAUGGUCAAAAUGCCCUUUAUAUUGCAUCCAAGAAUGGGAAUGUUGAAGUGAUUAAAUUUUUGUUGUCUCUUGAAUGCAACCCACACAUCAGAAGUCGGAUUGUUGAGGAUCUCACUGAAAGUCCUUUAGAAGUUUCAUCAAGAUGGCACCAUUUGGAAUGUGUAAGAUUGUUGUUGAAUGCUGGCAAAUAUACUAAUGCAGAAUUGAGAUCAGCAAUUAAGGUAACUGAAAAUCAAGAAAUAAUCAAUUUGUUGAAAUUGAAUAUGACCUCCUCUCUUUUCUCUUGUUGUCUUUGA